GGCCGAAGAAUUGGGUGUUUUUUUUGAAGAGUAACUUCACUUCUCCAGAAAGGACGGUGGCAUUGCUCAACUUUAGAAUGAAGCUAAUUACUACGUAAGAAACAAGCGUGUGUCUCCCCUCCUCCCAGGGACUGGAGCAGGCGUGCAGGCCUUGGGUCGGGGGUGACUUCUUAUCUCCACCUGACAACACUUCCCCACCCUGGCUCCACAAGACCCAAUUUUGAACUCAGCAUCUGAGUCAGUCAUGUGGCUUGUCACCGGACGUCAGCGUUCAGAGAGAGCAGCAGUGGAGCCACGAAGUCAAACCGAAGCAGCUGUCAGCAAUCUAGAGCGGGUGCCAGAGUUCCUGAGUUUCUCUGCAGGGAGAACGGGGCAGGGGGUCCCAUUUUCUCUGUUCAUUUCUGGCUUACGAAGUCUCAUUUCUGGUGGAGCCAGCAGGAGAGUCUUUGGGAGUUCUCCUGGACAGAGGCAUGCUGGUGGCUUCAAGGGUCUUGACAUGAGGAGCCCUGGGGAUAUGGUACUUCAUUGCACAAGGAGCCCUCGGACAGCUGCAGGGAAAGACUCAGAUCUCAGAGCACGUUCAUGUUCCAUCGAAACGUGACUUACAGUUUGCCCAGGGAGGAAGGCUGCAAGCUGAAGAAAUCAUGCCCUGCACAUGCUUUCCCUCACUGGGGAUGUUGUCUUAAGGCUCCCAGAUGGCUCUGGCCAUUUGGCCAAAAGAAGAGAAAGAGCACUAGUGACGAUGAAAUAGGAAGGAGGCUGGCGGACACCCGCUCCAUCUCCCUGACCAGGAGAGUGACCGUACCGGGCUCUGCAGGAGCAGGGACUGGGGACUCCGGGGGAAUGCCUCUGACACUGCCCACGUGCCUACACCACCGCGUGGUCCAGGAGCCGGAGCCCAUGGAGGCCGAGCCUGAGGCUGCUCUGUCGGAGGAGCCAGAGCCGGCCCCACCUGCAUCCACAGCUCCAGAGGCGGGGAUGUUGCCUGCAGGGACUUCAGCAGGAGACCAGGAGCCAGCAGGUGACUGGGCACCUGCCCACAGCGAGGCUGACUCUGUCCGGGAAGAGCUGGUGUCUGCCCCCGUUCCGGGGCCUGCCUUUGCUAUGGAUCCUGCCCCUGACAACACCUGUGCCUCUGCUCUGGAAUCCGCCCCUGCCUCUCCCCCUACUCCUCCUCCUGUGGAGCGCCCAGAGCCCCUUCUGGUGCCCACAGCCCUGCUCCUAGAACAGUUACCCUUUGUUCUAUCCCCCAAACCUGGCAACCUGCAGGAACGUUUUGUCCCCGACGUCCCUGGGGAGAAGGUGAAGAUCCGGAGGUCGAUGCAGGUCCCCUGGAGAGAAGGGGGACUGGGGAACAGUGAGCAGCACCUAUCCCGGGCAGCAGGUGCAGCCACACCUAGCCGUGCCCGGCCUGGCACUCACCCCGGGCCACUCUGGCGCGGUCUUUCACGGAUGUACCUUCGGGAGUGUUCAGCGCAAUGGUGGGGGAAAGACCGGGAAUGGAACAGCGCUAACGCCCUAGGAGAUGGUGGGAUCCUCGGUCCCAGUCCUUAUGGCAGAAUGUCCUGUAGCUACUGCCCCAGAGUCAUCGGGGGCACGAGAUCUAGAAAGCACCUCCUGGAGCCCCCUCCUGCCACCCUGCUCCUGGGAACAUUCGGAGUUGUUGAGGAAGUCGAGAGGAUCCAGGGUGACAAAGGGCCAAGGAGAAGGAAGCACAGCACUGAGAGGACGGAUGGACGUGCCCAGUGCCACCAUCCCGGGCCCGGGCUGUGA